AUGGCACGACUUUUAAAAGUAAGAUCCUAAGUUUUCAAAGUACAAAUCUGCCUUUCAGUUAAAAGUUCAAGGCCUACGAAGUGUCGGUCAUAAGACGAAGGAUUCUCUGGAGAUUCCCUUUGUCCAUCCUUUGACCAUCAUCAAUGGUUCGAUCGGAACAGGAAAAACCGUUUUUCUUUUAUAUUUUUCGAAACUUGAGAAAUUGUUUAGACGAUAAUCGAAUCUUUAAAUUCCAUUGCAACGGGAGCUUGGCCAUGUGGAAACCUUCAAAAUUUCAUUCGAUAUCCAGAAGUUAGAUUAAUCGGCUUUCAAAACAUUUCAUAUCGUUUUUCCAGACCGGAAAGCCUACAAUCGAAGUUUCGAUUUCGUUGGAGUUCGAGGAUUUGAAUGGUUGCGUUUGCACAUCCACGAAGAGAAUGGUGGCGACGUUGAUGAAGGCUUUCCUCUUAUAUUUGUAGGACCUUACUUUAUAUAUUCAGGGAAAAUUGCGUUGCAAGUCGGAAACUCUCAGUCUGAAAAUUCGGAUGCCGAACGGUCAAGAGCGGAAGGUUUCGAAAAAACUUUUGAAAGUUCAACGGGAAGUAUGUUUCUAAAACCUUUUUCAAACUUGAGUAGCCAGUUAGAGUUGUAUUUAAAUUGGGCUUCUGGUUUAUUUGUAUCAAUUCGUUUUAGAUCAUCGAACACAUGGGUGCUCCGGCCGUCAUCCUCGACCAUGUGAAUUUUUGCCACCAAGAUGAACAUUUUUGGUCGGUUCCAUCUUUUUCUGAGCACUCUUUCUCUUGUCUUCCAGGCCUUUGGGCGAAGAACUGAAAGUUGUUCUCGAUCAAGUCUUUCAGUCGUCGAAUUUCACUAGAGCGAUUGAAAAAAUGGAAGAGGCGAAACAGUGUUUUGUAAGAUAACAUUUCAGGAUUUUGGCCAAUCUUCGUUUCAGGAUCAAGAUUUGGCACUUCUCACAGAAAAGCAGAGAAAAGCAGAAAGCCAGCUCGGAACAAAAACUGAAGUUCCUUUUUACAAAAUUCCCAUAAUUUUAGAUAUUCUUCCCUGUUUAUCCCUUAUUUGCCACGAAUUUGAACAAUAUUGCCUGUCUGCCCCUUGUAAUUUCAUAAGAGCGGUCGCGAAAAUAUGAUAAUUAAUUUGAAUACCAGAGGUUUAAAGUAAAGGCGAAGGAAGUAUAUAGUCAACAUUAUCAUAAAGUAAAUCGAAAAUAUCAACUUUUCGGGGCUUUUUUGAUUAAAACACAAUAAAAGCUGAUUUUUUUUAGCUGCAAGGAGAUCCGGAAAGUCUGCAAAAGUUUGUCAAUGCUGAAAAGGCCUAUAAGAUUAUCUGUAAUGAAUGUCACAUCAUGAAUGAGUCCGCCAAGGUUUCAGUUUCCCCUUUCUUUUUUUUUAGACCGAUUAAACUUCCAGAAUUUGCAAAAAUACACGAAAACCUUGGCCUCAUCGCUGAUAGCGAUCCACUCGGAGAAAAUGGCGGAAAUCAACGAAAUAAUUGACGAUUUGUGGCGAAAAGUCAGCAAGGGAUUGUACAUUGAUUCUAUCAGAAUCGGGUUUUUUGGACGUUCGAUAAGGCUUUCGAUAAUUUUUUUUAUUUACAGGUCAAAGUGUGUCAAAACGAGUUCGGGGGACAAAUCCUACAGCUAUUCCGUGUUAAUGACUCGUGGCAGUAUUGAAACCGAAAUGCGCGGCAACGAGUCCAGCCCUAGUCUCGGAGAAAAGGUUGGAUUUUUUUUCGUAUUGAGAAAAUUUUGUCUUUGUGGAAGAAAAAUCUUGUUACAGUGAGAAAAUUAUAUUUUUAUAUUGCGAAAUGGUUCUUUUUGUAAAAAACUAACGAUGUCUCUUGAUAUGGUUUCUGGUUGUGAAAUUGGACAAAAAAAAUAGACAAAAUCAGAGAAAAUAGAUUGAAUAUCGGAGCCGCGAGUUUUUCGACUUUUUCGCUACCUCAGCGCUUGUUUAACAUCAUAGAAGAGCAAAUAUGUAUCGAAAUAGAAUUAAAGUGUAUUUUUAAUCGGAUCAUAUUUGUCCCGUAGUCACUCGCAUGCUUGGUUAUUCGAAUAGCCCUCGCCGCUGUUUUCGGAGGCGCCAGACCGAUUAUCGCCCUCGACGAACCGACAAGGGACAUGGACAAGACCAGGUCGAAGCUCGUGGCAGCGAUGCUGAACGAUUUGAUCGUGUCGAGGGGCGUCCAGGUUCUGAAACCCGCUGAAAAACUCUCCUUACACGUUUUUCUUCAGGUAAUUAUCGUCACUAACGAUGAUCGGCUCCUCAAAAAACUCGUCGUUGCGAACAGGCCCGACUUCACUUUUGUCCUGGAGAAAGACCAGCGAGGAUUGAGUUCCAUCCGUAGUCAGCUUUUGGAUCGAUAA